AUGCGCACCCAUUGUCCGCACUCGGACAACUUCACUUUCAUCGCUUUGACCACAGCCGCGGAAGCCAACCGUGCUGUCAAGGAACUUCACAAUAAGCGCUUGUUCAAUCAGAAAGUCAUCGUUUCACUGCAGCGCUCUAACGAAGGCUCGGCAACUCAAAUGACUGGUCGCAAAGCCCGCUCGCGUAUCAUCAGCAUGGCUCCCGGCAGCUCGCCUUCUACCAAGCCUUCUACCAUGAGCUCUGGCAAAGAGAACAUGGAAGCGCAGAUGCCUGCCAGCAUACAGAUCCUCCAGGGUUGGUCUGUGUAUGCACAGUCUACCCCUCCGCCAUUCGAUCCUCGAAGACCUACAUCCUUCGAUACCCAGACGCCGAACCCGCCCAUCGUCUACAAUCAGCAAUACCCGACUCUGCCUUAUCAUUCACCGCCUCCCAUAAACUAUGGACGCUUUGAUCCCACCGCUCCAGUCUAUCCUGCUCCUGCCAACCAUAACCUGGCUUAUCAAUUCCCACCUGUCCUGGUCCCUAGUGCCGCGCUCCCCAUGUUGCAGCAACCGCCACGGACUGCUUCAGAACAGCGUCCACGUCGCAACCGUGAGCGACGUAAGCAGUUUCCACCUCCGCACGAUGGACCAUCAGACUCUCCAGAUGAUGUGUCGCUUCCCGCAAGCACCAAGCCCGGAGUAGAUGACAGUUACGACUCUGUCAUCCAUGUAUCUACGUGUUCUUCCGCUUCUGCACCAUCUGUAUCUCCGAGCUCUAACUCACAGUACUGCGAUAACAAGACCUGGCCUUUACUUAUUUCUUCCGAUCCUGUCCCAGAAGCCAGAGCUUGGACAUCGUUCCGUGACGACCAGAUCGAUGCCGCGUAUAACACUCUCGAAAGACACUGCCAUGGCGCUGAAUCUUUGAUCUCGACUGGCUUCAACAUCAAGAAACCUAUCACGCCGCCGCUCGCCGAUCUUAGAGCUAAGGUUAAGUGCAAGUCUUGUCGCACUUCUCGUCAACGUCUCGAUCGUUUGAUCGCAGAAGAGGAUGUGAAGGGUUGUUCAGUCGCUAGAGACGGCAUGCACAGUUUCGGUGGCAUCUCUCAUCUGAGGUCACGCUACGAAGACUUCGAGCACCCACCUGCAGUCUCUCAAUCCUCACUCACCAGCAAACGUCGCGCCAUUGCCCUUGACUGUGAGAUGGCUGGAGGUAAAAGCGGUGAUGGUCUAGUUGAUCAAUUGAUCCAACUAACUGCUGUUGAUUACCUCAGCGGUGAGGUACUGAUCUCGACUCUGGUUAAGCCCACUUUGAACAUCCGCCAGUGGCGUACCGAAAUCCAUGGCGUGAGUCACAACAUGAUCAUGCAGGCUGAUCGUGAAGGCACCGCUUUGAGAGAUGUGUUUCACGCUCGCAAAGUCUUGUUUUCGCACAUGGACAGAAAUACCAUUCUAGUUGGCCAUGCCCUGCAUCACGACCUGAAUGUCCUCAAGAUUGCUCACAACCGUUGUGUGGACUCGGAAUUGUUGGCCAAGGCUGCCAUCGACAGAUGUGGUCGCAGCAGUGGUACGAGUCUGAAGAAGCUUUGCGAAUGUCUGAUGGGCUUGAGUGUGCAAGUAAUGGCGAAUCACUCCUGUCUCGAAGACUCAUUUGCGGCUAGAGAAGCCGUCAUCUACAUAACCUCGCAUCCUCAGGAGCUGGCUAUAUGGGCGAAAGCUAAGCAGCAAGCGAUUGACGAAGAAACGGCCAUGAGAGUGGCUGCUAAACAGGCAAAAGAGGAAGCCAGAGAACAAGUUGCUGCCGCCGAAGCUAAAGAGAAGGCUGCUGCGGCUGACGAUAAGGGGAUUCAACCUAUUCUCACUAUAGCCAUGCCGGCAUUGGUCCCUACUCCCGCCAACGAGAUUCCUGAUGAGUUGCAAAUGAACAGGGGUCCUUCUGCUGGCAAGAAGCGUAAGGGAGGCGCAUGGAAGGCGCUCAAUUCUAAGGACGACUGA